GCGCGUUCCGACCGAACAAAGAGUCUCCGGAAAUGUCCUACAAUGACCAGAUCCGAGUCCAUUACAUAAAGACAUUGAGAUGACGUAUAUGUAUCACUCCCCCUACCCCCACCAGUUCGUAGUUAGAGAAUGAAACUGUAGAUGCCACGAGUCUCAGGUAAGUUAGUCAAGCAGGCCGCACGUGUGUCACCUUUGCUUCCGUACUUGCUUCGAGCCAAUCCGUCACUAGCUCAAGCUCAACAGGAAUUGAAAUGGAUCCAAGCAGAAUUACCGAAACACCAAUGGAAGAAUGCCGUCAAACGUCGGAAUGCAUAUGAACCAUUACAGUAUAUACUUGAAUCUCAACCAUUUGGAUCCCUUGAUAUUAUAUGUGAAAAAGGUGUAUUGAUCCCUCGAUGGGAGACUGAAGAAUGGUGCUUAAAAUUAUCAUCGGUAUUAUCAAUCCUUGGAAAGAAGAAUUUAUCUAUCUUAGAUUCAUGUACAGGGACAGGAUGUAUUCCAUUACUAUUGAAUUAUGAGCUUAACCAAUUAGCCAAUUUGAACUCUCAUAUUCGGGCCUUUGACAUAUCCUCGGAUGCUUAUAGAUUAUCGAAAAGGAAUCACCAGGCUUAUUCACUGCUUCAUCCUUCUAGUGCUACUAAUAUUAAAUUUAUUCAAGCUAAUUUGUUUAGUGAGAGUAUAGUAAGUCAUGUAGGAAUUCAAUGUGCAGAUCUUAUAACUUCUAAUCCACCUUAUAUACCGGCACAUCAUUACCAUAAGUCAGUAGGGUUGGAUGGGAUAUCAAGAUCGGUGCGAGAGUAUGAACCUGCCGAGGCCCUUAUUGGUCAUAUGGAGUUCUAUGAAGCUCUAAUAAAUAAUCUUGUCAAACCUUUAUCUGCUUCAGGGUUUGUAUUUGAAUUGGGAUACCAAGAACAAGCAGAUUAUGUUUAUAGAAUGUUAAAGGAUACUGAAGAAUGGAGAGUAGGAGUUUUAAAAGAUAGUGCUAGUAACAUACGAUGUGUAUUGGGAUGGAAAUCCAAUUCUCCCAUGCGAGUAUUGGGUCAAUUAUGUUCGUCUAUAUAUAGUUAAUAUGUUAAUAAAUAAU